UUUCACCCACACACCGGGGCGUGUGUGUGACUGCAUGCCACACCAUACCUUGUUCCGCCGCGACUUUGACUUUGAAGCUACAGGAGCGCGACGACCCCAAAAAUUCCGUCUUAUUCUUCUGUCACUUAAAUUGCCAUCCGUCAAACUCACCCCGCUGCCACCCCCGUUUCCAGGAAGCAGUCAUUGCGCGAAAAGUACGGAAAGCUCUUGUAAACACGGUUGGUCUGCCCUGUUUUAACAGAGCGAGGCCGCGCGUGAGACGAGCCAUUUCACGAUCUAUUAAAUCGCGAUCUCAAAUAUAAUUAUCUCUUUAAUCGUCGCCGUCGCCGCUACCAUGGACUACAGCACCGGUUAUGAAAACACCGACGAGCUUGGUGCCGUCGUCAAGAUAUUUCAUGCCGAUUCUGUGCAUGUAAACUUCGAGCUCAGCAAUGUCGAUUUGUCAUUAGCCAAUUCCAUCCGCCGCGUCAUGCUCGCCGAGAUUCCGACAGUAGCAAUAGACAACUGCGAGAUCAAAGAGAACACGAGCGUCUUGGCCGACGAGUUCAUCGCUCAUCGCCUCGGUCUCGUUCCCCUUUCCGCCCGCGGCGCCAGCGAACUGGUCUACGCCCGUGACUGUGACUGCGAGCAGUACUGUGAAAACUGCUCCGUCAUCAUCACGAUCCACGCAAAAUGCGAAAGCGAGGAUCCCAACUACGUCAUGAAGGUGUACGCGCGCGACAUGGUCGUCGACGGCCGGCGGGUUAACCAAUCGGUCGGAACCCCCGUCAUCACAGAUCCGGAUGGACUCGGUGUCAUCCUGUUCAAACUUCGAAGAAAUCAAGAGGUGCAUAUUCGCUGCGUAGCGAAGAAGGGAAUCGCCAAGGAGCAUGCCAAAUGGUGUCCGGCUACGGCCAUUGGCUUCGAGUACGACCCUCACAACAAGCUGAGACAUUUGGAUCUCUGGUAUGAGAGUAACGCCAAGGAGGAGUGGCCGUUGAGUGAGAAUGCGAUCCGCGAGCCCCCACCGCAGGAGGGAGAACCCUUUGACUACGAUGCUGUUCCGAAUCGCUUCUACUUUGAUGUGGAGACCUGUGGCGCUCUCGACCCCGACGUUAUAGUACAGGAGGGCCUCAGAGUCCUGCAGGAGAAGCUUGCUAACCUUGUCAUGCUGAUCGAAAAGACCGACGAGUCCAAAGGAAUGGGUGGCGAUGCGGACUACGACAUGGGCGGUGGCGCAGGAGGCGACUGGGGUGGCUACAAUACAGUGUACGGCGGCGCUCAUGGGGACCAGACUGCUUACGGAAAUGACCCGUAUGGUGGUGGCUCAACCUCCUAUGGGCACUAGAGUGAACAGGUUCAUUUCUGUGUCAUAUAUUGAAUCUGUGGCAUGUGUCUUCUCUGGGUCUGCACAAACUGGCGUCUGUCUCGUUGAACUCUCAUCGGGACAUUGGGUCAAAAGUUAAAGAGCAGAACCUCUAUGGUGGAGCUCUCAUUCUGGGGCGUUUUGGCGUUCAUGAUCAGGGUGUCCUUUCCCAUCACUGUCUCAAAUCUGGCGGUCAGGUGGCGGCUUGUAAAGUUGGUGGUUUUUCGGCAUUUUGGACCUUUUUAUAUCGCAACCUAGGUCCAUGGCGCACUGACCAAUUCUUUCCGCUUUUAAACGGCGAUAGUCAUUUGUUUCACUGGUUCAAUGUCGAUGCUCUAUUUGCUGACUUUUCUAUAUUGGUAACGUAAGACCAAAGUAAAUGACCAAACAAUAGUCUGAAUUCA